AUGCUUCCAAGCAGAGGGAUUGCGCGCUCCUUCCCUUCUCCGGGAGCCUGGAGGCAAGCACAAACAAGUCGAUUAACGCAGAAUCUUUCCAAUCGACAACUCAGCCAUGGCCGCCAGUUUGGAACCUCGCUGCGAAACACAAACGCCAGAUUGACGACUGCCUCAUCGCCAUUCAGCACUCGAUACGCCGCCGCCGCGCCAAUUGUGCUCGGAGGAGUCUCGUCUUCAAGAUCGCUGUCUCUGUGGGGUUGGGGUGGGGGAAGCAAAAAGGACGACUCUGCUACGACGACGACAACAGCAACAACAACACCAGAGACUGCCAGCGAUGCCGUUGCUACUCAGGCAUCCGUAGAACAGGCUUCUGCCGCAACCUCUGCUGCUCCCGCUGAUGCUGCCGCCGCUGUGUCUGCCUCUGCGACCGAACCCGCCGUCGCCGCCUCCGAUGUCGACCUCUCCUCGAUUUCGGCCCUCAUCAACGGCCAGGACAUCCUCAACAUGCCCGAGGAUCUCGGCUACCUGCACGCGAUUGGACUGGACUACGGCUGGGGCUUCACGUCCGCCAUGCAAUGGACCCUGGAGCACGUCCACGUGUGGUCUGGCCUGGGCUGGGGCGCCUCCAUCAUGGCCACGGCCGUCCUGCUGCGAACCCUCAUGUUCUACCCUCAGAUCCAGAGUCUCAAGUUCAACGCCAUCAUGCAGCGGAUGAGAAAGGACCCUCGAUCCAACGAGGCCAUGAAGCUCGUCCAGCAGGGCUUCCAGGAGGGCGACAUGGAGAAGCGCCAGCGCGGCCAGGUGCUGAACAAGAUGCUGCGGUCCGAGUACGGCAUCAGCAACUGGGGCAUCAUGUGGUCACUUGCGCAGAUCCCCUUUACGUUUGGCCUCUUCCGCAUUGUCAGCGGCAUGGUGCACAUCCCCGUGCCUUCGCUGGAGUCUGCCGGCUUCCUGUGGUUCACCGAUCUUUCCGCCACUGACCCCUACUUUAUUCUUCCUGCUGCCGGCACCGCCUUCAUGAUGGGUGCUCUUCUGAUCAACGCAAAGCACACCCCCCAGCAGCAGCGAAAGAUGCUCAAGCCCAUGAUGUACAUCUUUGGCACCGUCGGCUUCGUCGGCACCACCUUCCUCUCCGCCGCCGUCAACCUCAUGACCGUCGCCCUCGGCGGCUCCACCCUCCUCACCGCCCUCAUCCUCAAUAUCUCCUCCGUCCGCCGCUCCCUCGGCCUGCCCACCGGCCCCGUCGACGAAGCCCCCAGCGCCGCCGCCCCCCAGAAGAAGAUGCAGUACGAGGCGCCCCGCUCCGAGGCCCCCGGCCUCACCGGCCUCCGGGAGCGACUCACCACCAGCCUCGAUGACAUGAAAAAGGGCGUUUCCGAGUCCGUGUCCAACUACACCGGCACGUACUCUGGCACGGAGCAGGAAAAGGCCGAGAGGAAGCGCAGGGAGAUGAUUCGCAAGCUGGAGGAUAUGCGGAAGCAGCAAGAGCGAGAGCAAUUUGAGCUGAAAUACAAGAGCAAGAAAUAA